GACGUUGCAAGGCCCUGAAAUCCAAAUUAGGAAUUUGCGACAACACAGUGUCACUCACUCAAACACGGCAACUCUCCCUAUGCAUUGCCUGCACUAAGUCUCAAUAGGUCCAUCCUACCCGGCCCAAUCAACUCACGAGUCUGCGGAGGUCUGCGGAGAUACGCAGUACGUCCACUUCGGAAGCCUCCUCCAUAUUUAUUUGUCCCUUUUUUUUGUCAUCCAGAUUGUCCUACCGAUGGGGUGAGCCAAUCGCAGGUACCCGUACCCAUACUUACUACCCGACCACAAUUAGACCGCGGGCAAGCCUCCAGCGCCUCAGUCCUAACAGGCGGUCUCUUAGGAGCGUGAUUCCAAUACAGUUGUCUAUGCCAUAAUGUAUAUGCCCUUAGUGUAUAUUUUCAAUACUGUAUCGAGUUUUCAAUGGUCCCACUGUGGGACAACGGCACUUUUGGAGGUGGGGACCAUUACGAGCUGCUCGAGCCGGCUGAGGAAAAACAAAUCGGGGAUUCCCUUGGGUUCGACUUGAAUGGUGAGGACAUGGCCAUUGUUGUUGCAGUCAGUCGAGAGAUCGCUGAGAACCAGGGUGAGGUGAUUGAAGCUGAUUCUGAUGACGACUCGGAAGAAGAUCAUGAUGCGGCCCCAGAGGUUUCCCGUGUAGAAGCACUAGCGCUAUGUCAGCGGCUCGAGGGAGCAUGCCUUCAGCAUGGACAUUCUCAGGACUCAACACACACACUUGAUUUGUUAAAGCAAAUCCGUCGUUUCCGUGCCCAAUUACAACGCGAGGAGCUAUUCCAUGCGAGGCAGACGACGUUAGAUUCGUUUUUUAAGUAG